AUGUCCAUGUCUUCUGCUUCUAAUAAUUACCCUACGGAGAUGCUGGCAAUGGCUCCGGCCUCCGACGCCGAGGAGGCAAGCCCGAAACCACCCCCGUCAAAGCAAUCGAACGAAAUCCCCAAUGGUGGGCUGAAGGCCUGGUUGCAAGUGUUGGGGGGGGUCAUCAAUUCCUUUGGGGCAUUUCAGACAUACUACAAAGACGACCUGUUGCGGAAUGUAUCCAAUUCAGACAUCUCCUGGAUUGGCUCCGUCCAAGCCUGUCUCCUGCUCAUCGUCGGGGUUGCCACGGGUCCAUUGUUCGACGCCGGCUACUUCUACGUCUUACUGGCCGUGGGAUCGUUUCUAGUAGUCUUUGGCAUGUUCAUGACCAGCCUGUGCACCGAUUUCUGGCAGGUGAUGUUGGCCCAUGGCAUAACAAUCGGCCUGGGGAGCGGCUGUCUCUUUAUCCCCAGCGUGGCCAUUGUCUCUACCUACUUCACCACCAAAAAGUCCUUUGCGACGGGCAUCGCCGCCUCGGGAAGCAGUCUGGGAGGCAUCAUCUACCCGAUCGUCUUCGCUCGGUUGCAGCCACGCAUUGGAUUUGGUUGGGCCACGCGUGUGAUUGCGUUCCUGAUGCUGGGCAUGAUGCUGAUCUGCAUCGCGGUGAUGCGCGUGCGGGUCCUGCCUCCACAGAAACGCCGUCUACUAGAGCCCCGGGCCUUCCUGGAACUACCCUUCACUAUGUUUAACCUGGGCGAAUUCUUCGGAUUCAUGGGCCUCUACAUCCCCUUCUUCUACGUGGGGUCUUAUGCCACCAGCAAAGGGGGCAUGUCAGCCAGCCUUGCCUUCUACAUGCUGCCCAUAAUGAACGCAGGGUCCGUCUUUGGGCGGAUCAUUCCCAACUUCCUUGCCGAUAAGACCGGUCCGCUGAACAUGCUUCUCCCCUGCGCACUGAUCUCAGCCCUACUGGCCUACUGUUGGAUCGCCAUCACCGACAUGCCCGGCAUCAUUAUCUAUUGCAUUCUCUACGGCUUCUUCUCCGGGACAUUUGUCUCACUACCUCCCACCACCGUCGUGAGCCUGUCGCCGAGUCUCCAGGUGGUCGGUACCCGCAUGGGCAUGAGUUUCUUUUUUGCGGGGCUAGGGUUGCUGGUGGGAACUCCGGUGGCUGGGGCUAUAUUACAAUCCUAUGGCUGGCUCGGCACCCAGCUGUUCUGCGCCUGCUGCGUGGUUGUCGCUGCAGCGGCAAUGAUGGUGGCCCGGUUGACGAAGGCCCCAGCCUUGAUGGCGAAAGCAUAG